AUGUUCCUGCGGGUAUUCAUUCCCCGAUACAACUUGGUCGAGUCCAGUAAGGUCGAGACUUCGAGGGGCACACUCGUCCAGCACAAGCCUUAUUACGUGUAUCAAAUCGAGGUCUCGAUUUAUGGGACAUACUCGCGCUUAGACAAGCGAUAUUCGCAAUUCUUGUCCUUGCAUCAAGAGCUUCGGCAUAGUUAUCGUACUCCGGAGUUUCCUCCAAAGAAGCUGCGGAACACCAGCCAUAAAGUCUUGGAACAAAGACGAAGUGGAUUGGAAAACUACAUACAAUAUUUCGUGCGCAUGAACCCUGUACCUCAAGUCCUAUUAAACUUCCUAGACGUUCCUCGCGAAAAACUGACCUCAACGUUGCCGGAUGAGAAGCCAAGCCACCAACAAGUGGCUGGGUUUCUCAAGGACCCAUUCUUGAUCCCUUCUUCUGGGGAUCGAUUGCCGGACAUCGUGUCCGAAGCCACCAUGGAGUUCUUUUACCAAGAGAGCUAG